AUGACUAAGGUGAUAAGCCCAAAGGAACGAGAAAAAGAGAUGGAAGAAACUCGAAAAAAAUUUUUUGAAGAGUCUAAAUUUGACCCUAAUUAUCAAAGAUUAGGGCUGUUUUCAUUUGUAGGAACCACUGCGAUUUCUGAUGACACUUAUUCAAGAAGCAAACCUCCAAGAAGAAAUGAUGACGGUUCUGUAAAAACUGCUCCACGAAAUUUUUUAACAUCUCAGGGCAAGCGAGGCAAAACUUCAGACUGUUAUUUUUCAACCUUUGAGUAUAUAGAAGACAAAUACGACCCUAAAAAGUUGAAUAAAGACAAUAAAGCGAAAUCUGAUCAAAUUAAAAAACUUCAUGAAACUCCAUGAAAGCCUGAUGGCCCAAUAAGGGCAGUUUAUUCAACAUAUCCAAGCAUGCCUACUAUGAAUUUCAGGCAAAUCAAAAGAAAACUCCCAGAUGGAUCUGUGUAUACAGAGCCAAGGAACUUUCUCACGAAUCCUCCCAAAAAAGGAGAAGCUGCUUGCACUCCUGGGGUGCUACUUGGUGGAUAUCCAGAGCACCAAGCUGAUCCAUAUAAUAGAAAAGACCAAUUAGCAAGAGAGCAAGCUAAAAGAGAUAAAGCAAAAAUGCAAGAGCAGCCGUUUAAAAGCAUGGUUUAUGGGGAAAAACCUUUUUUUGAUGAUAAAGCCACCUAUGGAGGUGAAAAUCCUAACUCCCCCUUCUCUGAGAACAAAUAUUUAGUUCGCUCACUGAGGGAUUAAAUUUAUAUAUAAAUUUUUAUAGUAUUUUAAUUUUCAAAAUUUAAAUAAUCCCUAUUCACUAAAGAUUUCAUUAUAAUAAUUAUCGUUAUAUAUAGAAUUUUUUUUCAUAAAAAAAUUUGUUCACUCACGGAGGUGGGCUUUUGGGCAAAAAACACAGGGAUUUUUCCAAUUAGUUUAUUCGCUCACGGAGGGGGGAGUAAGGGAAGAGUAAAAAGACCAUCAACCUAUGGAGGGAUUCAGCAUGAUAGAGCCUUUAUACCACCUAAUCCAAUGAGAGAGGGAAGCACUUUAGCACCUUUUCCUGAGCACAUGCCCGAGCCAUAUGAUCCUGCAAUUAAAAAAGACAAUAAAGAAAUAGUUCCUUGGAAAACUACUUAUAAAGAGAGGACAAAGCCAUGUGUGUCAGUUUCAAGUAUGGUUGUGAACCUUAGAACUGAGUACCCAUCUUUAAGACAUAGAUAG